AAAUUCGAUAUGAUCAACGGUCUGCUGAUUCCCGGCGGAGGGACCGACUUGGUGCCUGGGCCUUUCAUGUCUACAGUGCAGCUGCUUCUACAGUGGGCCAAGGAGGCGAACGAUCGGGGCGACUUUUUCCCCGUGCAAGCCACGUGCAUGGGGUUCGAAGCCAUGGCGAUUAUUAUUAGCGAGGACCCGAACCUGCUGGAACUGAGGCGCUUCAGCGCGUUGGAUUUGGCCUCUCCGCUCAAAUUCGUGGGCAACUGGGUGCACCGCAGAAGCUACUUCUCCUGGAUGUCUCCGGAUUUGGCUGCAAAGGUGCAAGAGCUCCCUCUCACCAUGGAGAACCAUCAGGACGGCACCACGGUGCAUCGCUUCCUCUCCAACAGCAGGCUCAGGGAUUUCUUUUUCGUUCUCACCACCUCGUUCGAUAAGAACGGACUGGAGUAUGUGACAACAGUGCAGGGAAAGCGGUACCCCUUUUAUGGCACACAGUGGCAUCCCGAGAAAAAUGCAUACGAGUGGGGGUUGGACCACAUACCCCACGGAGCACACGCCAUAGCCGUGGGACAGGCAGCAGCCAACUUCUUUGUCAAUGAGGCGCGUCGCAACACCCACUCUCCAGCCUCGGACGAGAGCAUGAACGACAUGCUUCUCUACAACUACGCUCCCGUGUUUGCCGGCAAGAAUGGGUGA